AUGCCAGCUUCUCUAAGAAAACUGCAGCAAAUGGCUGUUUUCAUGGGACUCUUUAGCGGCGGGGGAUGCAUGGUGAUGUAUAAUCUUAUGCAAAAGAGUUUUGCCAGGACCCAGUAUUACCAGCAGGCUUUGGAGCAAUUGAACAGCAAUCCUGAUGCCCUGGAAGCCCUGGGUGCUCCCCCUCUUAAGGUUCACAACAUCCGACUGACAGAUGGGAGCAACCGUGUGGACACGGAAAGAGCACAGAUAAAGUUACCAGUAUCUGGAACAAAAUCAGCGGGGUACCUGUAUAUUAACUCAGAGAUGGACCACUCCCAUCGAUGCUGGUGCCUUCAGGAUGUCACCUUGAAACUGCGAGAUGGCCAGAAUAUUCCAGUUUACCAAGCCCCUGUGGAAAGCAUCAGUGUGCAAGAAGGCUAA